GCGCUAAUAACGCUGUACCGCCGCUGCGCUCUGGGGUUUUGCUCGGAGGCGCGUGAGCUAGCAGAGCUAACUAGUUCUGGUUUCACUUACUUCAAUGAAGAAGAGGCUUAGCAUAUUAGCUAGGUCGCUCAUUAGCUAGCCUGUUACGUCAUGGCGGCUGUUCGCAGUUUGCGGGUUUCUGUGAAACAUGAAAGCGCGUCGGACCGGUCUGACUCGGAUUCCGACUCCGAUUCGGACCGGAAUAAUCGUGAAGCGGAACCUAUGGAGGUCGAGGAGGGAGAGCUUGAGCUGGAAUCUAUUCAUGUUCGACGAAGUUUAAAGGAAUUGUUGCCGGACACAAGCCGGAGAUAUGAAAACAAGGCAGGCGCUUUUAUUACUGGCAUCGAUGUUACAUCCAAGGAAGCAAUUGAGAAAAAAGAAAAAAGAGCGAGGCGAUUCCACUUUCGUGCAGAGGACAAUGUCGCUCAAAGAAAUGUGGUGCUGGACAGGGAGCUUAUAAAAAAAGCAAUUCCCAAGAUCCGACCGGAGGCCUUGCACCUGAGUGGUGUGGAUGACAUGAGCACCCAAGAUGUGUUCAGCUACUUUCAAGAGUAUCCUCCUGCACAUAUUGAGUGGAUAGAUGAUGCUUCAUGUAAUGUAGUUUGGCUAGAUGACAUAACUCCCUCCAGAGCUUUGAUUAACAUGAGUCGGAUGCCUGACAAAGAAGACGCUAAUACUGCUGACACCAAAACCACUGACGUCCCAGUCCAAGAAGAGAGAGUAAGGCGAAAUCAUGGUUCGGAUGAGGAUGAUGAUGAGGAAGAGGAAGGGGAGGUUGAUGACGAUGAUGUAGUGGUGAAGGCAGACAAAAGCAGUGAUGAUAGUGAAGGAAAAGCCAGUGAUAGUGAAGAGGAAAUAGAGAAAAAAACUACUCAAGGAAGUUCCCAGACAGACCAGCUAUCUCAGGCAGAGCAAGAGUCUCUGCUCCGCAAUGACUUGCGCCCUGCGACCAAAUCCUUCAAAGGCAACAAGCUGUUUCUGCGAUUUGCCACACAUGAUGAUAAAAAGGAGCUGGGUGCUGCAAGGAGAAGUCGGUACUAUAUGAAAUAUGGCAAUCCAAACUAUGGAGGCAUGAAGGGCAUCCUCAGUAAUUCUUGGAAACGUAGAUAUCAUACCCGAAGAAUCCAGCGCGACGUUUUAAAGACCAAAAAGCCCUUAAUAGGAGACAGCAUGGGACACACUCCACCAUACACACACCGACAUUCAGCUGAUCUAGUAAAUCUCCCAGAGGAGCCCAUAGAAGAGGAAGAGGAGGAGGAGGAGGAGGAGGAGGAUGGUGAGGAAGACAUGGAUGCUGAUGACAGAGUCGUCGAGUAUAGAGACAGGGAACGGGGGUCUCAACUUGGGGAAGGGGGCGUCCGUAGUCGUCUCGGGGGCUCUUUCUCUGAGUCGUCAGAUUCAGAUGAAAUGGACUAUGACCUAGAGCUCAAGAUGAUCUCAACACCUUCACCUAAAAAAAGCAUGAAGAUGACCAUGUAUGCAGAUGAGGUUGAAAAUAACCUCAAGACCAUCAGAAAUUCCGUUCGGAGUGACACAGGCUCAUCUAGUAGCAGUAUACGAAGUCGUAUUGGUAGUGGUGUGACCAAACCUACCCCAGAAAAGGUGACCGAUGUCAGGCAGUUGCUGGAGGAGAAAAGACAGGGCCUUUCACAACAGGGGACACGCCCCCCUGUGGCCUCUACUGGAAAGACUGAUGUGAGACAGAGGUUGGGAAAGAGGCCGCACUCUCCAGAAAGGCGCCGCUCUGUCUCCCCUGUGCCUCCAAGAAACACAGCAGCUCGAAGAGAACCUCUUACUGACGUUCACAGCAGACUCGGGACAAGUAAACAUGAACCACGGGUUCCCACCAAAGACAAAAAGUCUGGUGGUCUGUGGAGCCGCCUAGGGCCAUCAAAUAAAAAUGUCCAAAGUGAUAGCAAGAUUUCUGGCAGGCUAGGAAGCAACGUGCCAUCCUCACGUGGGAGCCGGCAGAGAGACGAAGCGGACUCGGAUGGAGUAGAUGAUUCCGGGGAUGAGGAUGAGGAUUCACAGCUGCAGAAAAUGUGGGGGGCGAUGAUCAAGCAGAAGGAGCAGCGGUCCAACAAAAUGAAGAAAAGCCGACUGGACAACCUUCCAUCACUGCAGAUCGAGAUCAGCCGAGACAGCAGCAACGGCUCUGACAGUGAUUCAUGAGAUGGAAUAAGAGACUGAAACUAGAAGGAUAAGGAGGAGGAAAAGAGAGGAAAUCAAAUGCUUCUGACUUGUUAAAAAGAUGCUUACAAGUAGAUAGCUUUACUCUCUAGCCCUAGUCCAUACAUGGAUCCUGCCAAAAUCCUAUCUUUCUUUCUCUUUUUCUCUAAACGCACCUAACAGACUUGACUCUGAGGAGUCCCCUGCCAAAAGAGACAGAAUACUAGACUUUUUUUUUUUUUUUAAUCUUCAGAAGGAUCAGUGUGGAAGAAAUGCAGGUUGGGCCUGCCUUUAAAGGAGCAGUUAGUAAUUUUUAGGCCUGUUGCUACCUAAAUCUUCUACUCCAUUGCAGCGUUAAAUAUUUUUUUUUCUACAGUAUCUUUUUAACUGAUUUGUACAGGUCUAGAAAUAAAUUUAAAGAUUACAAGCUGCUCCUUUAAAUAAGUGUGAUUGGCUGUGGUAUUUACAAGACCCAUGUAUGUUUUAUGGCGAUGCAGUUGAGAAUAAGGUUACUAUCUAAAACAAGCAAAACACUGCAAUGUCUCUAGGAAGUAUUUUUCAUGAAUAUAUUGUCAGUAGCAGCAAAUAGUGUUGCCUUCUCGCAGCUCCAAAUCCCUAGGUAUGUCCUGAGCUUGGGAUACGGUGGGGUGGAGGGUUGUGUGUUUUUCCCCCAGUGUGUUUUCCUUUUCCUCCCCAAAACAUGCCAGUCAGUGGAUCAGUGCCCCCAGGUGUGAAUAAGAUUGUACAUGGUGCCCUGUAAAGGAGUGGAUGUAUACCUACUUUUUUUCCAGUGUUCCUGGGAUAAGCAUCAUCCUUGACCAGGAUAAAUGAAUCUGGGUUUAUGUUAGGAGUGCCAAAUGGCACUAGAUGUAUUAUAUUCUGUAGUUUAAAAUUAGCUUGGGAUAUACUUAUUAUUUCACUGGUGGACACCAUGAAGACCAGGGCUUGAAACUAGCCUGGAGCAUCAGAGUCUAGUAAAUUUGGUGGUUUUUCUGUUAUUGUGCUAAUUCAUGAAAUUUCCUACUGGCUGGAUACUGACCCUCCACUACUACAGCAUUCAUGUCCAUCCCUGAUAGAGAUGCAUACACUAGGCACAUUAACACCCAUGUCAUUUGGAGCUGUUUAGAACUAAAGGUUUACCACAUUGUAGCCAAUGAAUAAGUUUUGCAAAAAAUAAAACCGUGGUCUACAUUCCAUAUUGUAUGUGGUCAAUCAGCUCAACAAGCAAGGAAAAUUAAUUGUAUGUGCAAAUAAACAUCUUUUUACACAAA